AUGCUCGGGGACUACGUAUUGUUCCAGCCAGCGGUGUUGUUCGUACACAUAUUGGCCCUUGGGAUGACGGGAAUUAUGAUUCUUCACAUUCGUAGCAAGUAUACAGCUGUGGGUCGCAAAGAAAUUCUUACGUUUUUCUAUCUGUACUCGAUUGUUGAACUCUUGGCUAUUUUUCUUGACACUCAAAUCAUUCCGACUGCGAAUAAUGCAUAUCCCUGGAUUGUGGCUAUAUACACUGGCCUCGUGGCAGCAACCUAUUGUUGUCUACUGAUCAAUGGCUUUAUUGGGUUCCAAUUCGCGGAGGACGGAACUCCCCUUUCCAUCUGGGGGCUUCGUGGUGCUUGCUUUGCCAUGUGGGGGCUCACGUUCUUCAUCAGCAUUUGUACAUUCCAAGGCUUCGCCGGAUUCAGCCCGACUCAACCAAUUGGGCUCUGGGUCUUGCACUUUAUUUGGCCGGCUGUCUGCGUGGUGAUAUAUGUCGUGGCGCAACUCCUUCUUGUAAUGCGUACCUUGCAGGAUCGAUGGCCCCUUGGGGAUAUUGUUUUGGGCACGGCAGCUUUUGUCGUUGCUCAAGUCGUUUUGUUCGGAUUUGGAAACACCAUUUGCACCGCAGUUAAGCAUUACAUAGAUGGCCUAUUCUUUUAUUCAUUAUGCAUCCUUCUGGGAGUAAUGAUGGUGUACAAGUACUGGGAUUCUAUCACGGGCGAUGAUCUCGAAUUCAGCGUGGGCAACAAAGCCGGGAUGUGGGAAAUUAAAGACGAGCCGCCUGCGUUCGGAGUGAACAAGUACGUCGACAAUUCACCAUCGAUGCGGUCGGCACCAUCUCCGAACGGUGGUGCUAGGCAGAGUUUGUUCCCAGACCAAGGAGAUGCAAGGACCCAUUCCUUGAUUGGGGGUGUGAGUGGCCAGAACGCGUAUGUUGGAUCGGGCUAUGUCGGAGGUGGUACUCGUUGA